CUAACCUAUGGUUCGGGUGCACCGUGCAUGGUUCGCCCAACCUAAAUAUGUAUUCUUUUGCCAAAAACCGAAAUUAAAUUGACUGACAAUUGGCAAUUGAUUGUUUACAACCGACAGCUUAACGACAGCGUAAGUUCACGGGCGAAUAAUUGUUAACCAUCAAUUUCGGAAUUGCUAGUUAUAAUGAGCGAUAUACGAGUUUUAAUGGCAAUGUUGCAACUCGGUGGAACGCUGUCCAAUUCUACGGUAAGGAUAACUCCACGGGUUUCCUGGUGGAUCACUGCCCAGCAUUUGCUGUCCGCAAGUUCGAUGUCAACUAUUCCCAAUCCUGUUGAGGACAGCACCAAGCAUGAGAAAUUUGUUAAGACUCCAAUAAAACAACGAACUGCGCAGAAGAAGAUAAAUGUUGAUGGAUCACUUAUAACAGCUGCAUUCAAAAGUUUAUUAGAGCCUCCAGACAAGAAAGAAGAAAUUACAGAAAAUAUUACGAAACUUAAUGAUAGGAUAAAUGCUGCAACUACUGUUGAUGAAGUAUUAAGCACAGUGGAGAAUCCAGAAUUCAAUUCUCAAAAUGCAUAUUCAGUCGUGUAUGUUCUGUGCAAUUGGGUUACAGCAGGAAAAAUUAAAAUGGAUGAAAUACAAACUGAUAAGAGGUAUUUGAAGAUAUGUAGUAUGCUGGGUAUAAAAACGAAUACAGCAGUAGUAAAUAGAAAACAAGAUGAAGAUGACAAUUAUAAUUCAGCUGUGUAUGGACUUUUACAAACAGAAAAAACAAAGAAGCAAAUUGAAAGAUUCAAUGUUUAUGAAAUAAUCACGGUUUUGUCAACACUAGCAGCCAAGCAAAAGAGAACAACACCAUUACUUAGAAUGUUAACAUCAGAAAUAGCAAACACUAAGGAAAAUCUCAAUAUAAAGCAGUUGGGAGAUAUUUUGUACAGUGUAGCUGUGCUUAAUUUUUACGAUGAGGUGUUGAUGAAGAAAGUCAGUAAAGAUUUAUAUACAGCUAUACCCUCAAAUGAGAGACAUGCAGUUAUUGGGUCAAUAUUAACAUCUUUAGGAGUGCUACGUUAUAGAAAUGAGCGAUUGUUAAACUUAUUAUCAGUGUGGAUUGUUGAACAUAGAAAUAUAAUAAGGCCUCAGGAAAUAAGCAGUUUAAUGAAGACCCUAGCUCAUAUGGGAUUCACUCCAACAAAUUUCAAUGAAGUGUUAGAGCAUAUUAUAACGCCACUGAAGGAAAGUGAAAUGUGUCAAAGCAGUGACUGGCUAGAUAUCGUUUGGGCAUUGACUGUGCUUAAUAAAGCUACUCCAGAACAUUAUGCUUCUGUUUUAAACAGUGGGUUCUUAAAUAGGCUAUUCGAUUCUCCAGAAACAGAGUCAGUGAAAGCAUUUAAACUGUUAAAUGUUAAUGCAGCAGCACGUUUGAUGAUAAAAGACUACACAGGGCCAUUACUUCCCGAAGACUCUAAACUAUUCGAUACUACGAUAUUAAGGGCAAAAGAGAAGGCGGCUCUUUCGAAUUCAGUCGUCAGUGCGCUGAAAAUAUUGUUACCUUCUGAUUCUAUUUAUUUAAAUAUUAAUAUAAAUACAAAAAUGGGAUUUUUGUUAGAUGCUGAAUUUUGUGUUGAUAGUAAAUGCGCGCCCCUACCUGUGAAUUCAAAAUCUGAUCAGGAUAAGCAAGUAUUCAGGAUAGGAGUCCUAACGUGUGCUUAUCACGAAUUCUGUCGAGGAGCGAAUGUCGUGCUGGGGCCUGUAAAUUUGCGCAAAAGUUUAUUAGAACAACAAGGAUAUAAAGUUCUGUUAAUACCUUAUACAAAAGUAAAUAUCAAAGAUAAGCUCGUUACACGAGUCAAGUACAUAAACGAUAAUAUUAAAUUACUUGUGUGAAAUUCCUCGACGCAAUAAAUUUUGUUAUACAGAAACGAUCUUUUGUAAAUUAAACAAAUAGACCAAAUGACAAGAUAAAUGUGUAAAUUGAUAAAACGAUUCAACGCAUUGUAUGUAUCGCAUACAAUCAAUGAACUUCAAUUUGUGUAGAUACUUAGUUAAAAAUUUACUACGAUUGUCAUAAAAUUAUGCUUCGAGAAAAACAUAAUAAAGUUUUUAAAAAAAGCUGUACGAAAAAA